GCUGUCAACGGGCUGGUCACCGAGGACUGACUAGACGUUGCUGCUGUGGUAGCCUACAUGUUUUGUUAGGACAUAAACGGUACUGUUGAUAUUAAAGACGCAGGGCACGGGGCACGAGUACAGGGCACAGUAAACAUAUUCUCACUGGAGCACAGGUGGGGCGAUGGCGGAAUCUGGGAAAGAGCUGUCAGCCGGUUCCCGACAUCCAUCUGUCGGCUCGCCUUUAUGCCGCAUCUCAAUCGUGAUAAAUUGGAGAAGACCGUUUUGGACGUCUUCAGUCUUUGCUGUGGUGAAUUCUGUUUUCUGGUUUGUGACGCUUAGUCCCUGCAGAUUGUUUAGUGUCAUGUGCCUAAGCUUGGCCUUGAUGGUUGUCAUUCAGUUUACCCGGGACCUGUGCCUUAUGAGAUCCAAAGGAACCAAAUUGUGGCAUAGUAUGACUGAAAGUUGGGAGAUGAUUGACUCCAGACAUGGAGGGGAAUCUGAACCAGCAUCGCAAAUCACAGAUUCCUGGACAAGUUUUAAACUAUUCUUGGAAGAGACAUCUUCUUUCAAACAGCAGAAUCCCGGAAAGUUCUGCCUGCUUGUAUGCAGUUUCUGCUCCUUUCUGGCAGUCCUUGGGCGCUACAUACCUGGAAUUGUCCUCUCAUAUAUGUUAGUGCUUGGCCUCUUCCUUUGGCCCUUGGUGUCAUCACAUGACUUUGGACUGUGGCUCGAACCAGUUCUGCAGAAACUGGACUUCGGGCUUGGACAGUUUUUUCAAAAGAUCAAAGAGAACCAUGAAAAGAGGCUCCUCCAGGCCCAGGCUGAGAGAGAGUGCAUUGAGGCCGAUCUGUCUUCUCUCUUCCCAAAGCUGGACUCAACUGCAUACAAGGAGCUCUCCAUAUCUGACACUGAGCCUUCCGAGGUGACAUGGACUGAAAAUGGCACUUUCAACCUGUCUGAAGGGCACACACCACAGACAGAGGACUCUGAGGAUCUGGACCGCCCCAGCGAUCAGGAGGAGGUGUUCUCCGGUGGACUCCAAGACUUCCCAUGUCUGGACAACGGCCUGGGAACCAACGGUGAUGAUGAUGACGAAGACCUGAGCAUCGGCCUGCCCGCUCCCGCCCCGACGAAGCCCAAACACAAACACAGCCGCAGCAGCAGCCACGAGGGCAAGGAGGCCCUGGCCGGCGCGCAGCAGGUCCACGACCCCACCCUGCAGCUGGUGGAGCGCAUGGCUGGUGAUGUCAUCAGCGCCGCCGUGACGGCUGCCAUCCAGGAGAGGCUGGAGGCCACCAUCUCUGCCACGGUGGACGCCGCCUGCCCUUCUUUCUCCUCCUCCUCCACUGCCUCCACCCCACCGGCUGCACUGGCCCAGGCGCUGGCCGAGGACUCAGACAGCGAGGCGGAGGACUUUGAGCUGCUGGACCAGUCGGAGCUGGAGCAGCUGGAGGGGGAGCUGGGGCUGGAGAGGGCUGGGGGACGCGCGGCUCAGCCCAAAGCCAGCAGGCCCUCUGGGUUCUUCUCCAAACUGCUGGGGCGUCACUGAUCACGUCACGCAAAGCUGUUGUGCGGUUGGGGAGAUGUUAUUAAUGACCAGGCUAUUGUGAAUGGCGGGCAUGCAAGGACAAUGAAGGCUGACAAGUGAUGAUUUUCCUAGCUGUGAGUACUUUUAAUUAGAUGUGAGGGACAGAUGACACAAGGAAGGCUUGAUCUAGUAGAGUUCUCUUCAGUUUUUGCGACUUGCCACUUCGAGCCUUUCCCACUCAAAGUAGAGGAGUUUCCGACCCGAAUGCUCUCUGCGGUUUAGCGGUGGAAGGGCAGGAAAUUCACUCACAUUGCUGUUAUGCUGCCAAAAACACAUUUAAAAAAAAUAUAUCCAAAUCUAUUCGACAGAUCCAUUGUAGUCUUGUACCUGGUCUCUUCCACUCUAUACAUUUAUAGAUAAAACCCGAACAUAUAGGAAACCUCCAUUAAGGACAGAUACGCUACGAAAUACCAACAAGAUGUAUUCCAGGAAAAUCAUCACAAUUUUUUUCUUUUUCUUUUUGUUUUUCUUUUUGUUGUUUGUCUAAUUUUGUAAUUCCUUUUUUCAUUACGUUUUGAACUGUUGUGGGCCAGGGAAAUGUUGCAGAAAGCGUUGGAUAUCUAUGUUAUAUAUUUUUGCAUGCAUAGCUCUGUUUCAAAUGUAAACAUUUUUAUGUGUACGUGCACCUUAAAUAUGUAAUUGAUACAGCUAGGCACUUGAAAUCAAAGAUAUUAGACACUGGAUCUUGUGCAAUUAUAAUGCCAUUAAAUCUUUCUUGAAUGUA